AAUUGUCAAUGUCAUUAAUUUCCGAUCACGCUCGACCAGCUGAUAUCUUAAAAUUAUAAAAUAUCUAAUAAAAUAAAUCUAAUCUAAAUAACUUUAAUGUCUAAUGUGAAUAUAAUAUAAUAUAAUAAUAGAAGUAACAUUUUCUAGAAGUCGUUAAAGUUUUACAAUAAAAAAAAUUUACAGCAAAAUGAAUAAAACUAUUUUACCUAAAAUAAAUGCCAUUAAAAGAUUUACAUAUGACAUUACAUCGUUAAGAUAUGUGAGUAAAGGACCUAAGCCAGAAAUUCCAAGCAAUGCUUUAGGAUCAGUGUACACUGCUCCAAAUCAGAAGGAAAAUGGUAUUGUGUAUGAUAGAAAGCCUUUUAAAUUGACUCUGGAGGCAGGCAAGACAUACCAUUGGUGUUUAUGUGGCCGCUCCAAGUCCCAGCCCAUGUGUGAUGGUACACACAAAGAUAUUUUUUUGAAAGUUACACAAAGACCUAUAAGAUUUACAGUUGAAAAAACAAAAGAUUAUUGGCUAUGCAAUUGUAAGCAAACUAAAAACAGACCAUUCUGUGAUGGAACACACAAACAAAAAGAAAUUCAAGAAGCUUCCACAAUAAAAGUCUGAAAAACUGCAAAUAAAUUAUAACUAUGUUAGUAGUCUCUUAGAAAAUAAGUAUAUUAGUUAGACAAAAUUAAAUUAUAUAUGUUCUAAAUAUUUUGAAUUAUAAUAAUUCUUUUUAUUAUUCUGAUGA